AUGAUGGCUCCCGAGACAGUGGUAACUACGGAACCCAACAAACCCCAAGGACCACCUCCUCAGCAGCAGGGUGGCAAACUUGACUGGAUUAAAAUCGACAUUAACUACUUCAAAACUCCUCUGGGCCUCCUAAAAAUUGUCCAACUAGUCCUUGGCAUCCUUUGCAUGGCUCUGGCGUCGCCGUGGUACUCAACUUGGUUCGUGUUUGUCGCUGUUGUCAGCUUUAUCACUACUCUCCUCUGGAGUUGCGUCUUCCUAUUCAGUAUUAAGGACGUCCUCAAACUGCCCAUAAAUUGGGUUUUAUCAGAGCUGAUCAGCAUGGGUUUGAAGACGUUGUUGUACCUGAUUGCAUUCAUCGUAUUGUUCGCCGCAACGGCAACCUAUUAUUCAAAUAUACAUGCAGCAAAUGUUGCUGCUGCAGUAUUUGGUAUUUUCAAUACGGUCGCAUAUGGAGCGAGCACGUUCCUUCUGUUUAAGGAGUACCGAAGCUCAGUGGCAUCCGCGCCUGCCGCGUGA